AUGACUGUCCAACAGCAGCAGUCUCCCCCGAAGCCUGCAUGGAAACAGUUCUCGAAUUUCGCAAACGGGCAUCCUCUCGGCAUCGAAAAGACAUUGAGGCUUAUCCAGGCGAUCUGCCAGAUUCUCUCGUCUAGUAUAUUCGUGUCGUAUAUUCCAAAUGCUGUGUAUGCUGUAGGGUGUUCAUCGGCCAGGAACCAGAUCGCUUUGGCUCGCCGAUACUUGAGGUUUUUCAAAUUCAUUGAAUCUUUCAAUUCUGGAUAUGCGGCGUGGCAGGUCCCCGCUCUCACAGGGACAGAUUCCAUCCGGAAGAUUGUUAUUGUCGCCAAGUGGUCCGUUUUCGGUGUCUAUUAUGCGAUGGAAGAUUUGACCAUUCUCGACGCUAUGGGAAUCUGGGCAACUCCCUGGGCUAAAGAUACUUUUGUUGAAAGCAACAAAUGGUGGUUCUACGCCAUCGCGCUGAGCUUGAUCGGUUCGACAUUCAGCCUCUUCUUCCCACCGCCCGAGUUUAGAGGGAAGCCUCAACAAUCUCAGAAAUCUGGGAAUACGGAGACAGAAAAAACACCCGCUACAGAACAAACAAAAUUGGACCUGACACCCAUUGUAAAAGGUAUUAUCGUUGACGGAUGCGAUAUUUUGCUGCCGGGAAGCUUUCUUGGAUGGAUCCAGGCGACCCCAACACAGGUCGGCGUUGCUAUGGUAGUUAGCACGCUGGUGACUUCGAAAGAUAUAUGGGUCAAGGCGAACAUGUGA